UUGUUUACAGUUGUAUAUUGAUCGUUGUAAAUGAAAACCGGUAGCAAGGGGCACGUGCGUAAAUGAACUAUAUGAUAUAAAUUGUUAUGCGACUUGGUUUGUGGGAGUACGAGACGGAUAUUGACGGUUAUGUACAUCCAACUAAUAUUGCUGUCUCUUCUCGGGACAGUGGUCUGCGACCACCAUAGCAGGACCAACCAGCUUCCAGACCGCUCUACUAUAGUGCAUCUGUUUGAAUGGAAGUACAAAGAUAUCGCGGACGAAUGUGAAAGGUUCCUCGCUCCGAAGGGGUUUGGAGGUGUUCAGAUAUCACCACCGUCUGAGAACCUGAUCAUACAUCUGGACAACGGCAAGAGGACAUGGUACGAACGCUACCAAGUGAUGUCCUAUAAGCUGACGACUCGCUCCGGCAACGUCGAGGAUUUCCUCAACAUGACGCGCAGAUGCAACAAAGUGGGAGUAAGAAUUUACGCUGACGUGGUAGUAAACCACAUGACUGGCGACAACCCGAACAACGUGGGCACAGCGGGCAGCACCGCCGACUUCAAGAAUUACUCAUACCCCGCUGUUCCGUAUAGUAGGGAGCAUUUUCAUUACCCGUACUGUUCUGUUGAAAAUUACAAUGAUGCUUCACAGGUGAGGUCUUGUGACCUAGUCGGCUUAAAGGACCUGAACCACACCCUUCCUUAUGUUGUUGAAAAACUAUCUUCUUUUCUCAAUAACCUCAUUUCUCUUGGUGUGGCGGGAUUCAGAGUAGACGCAGCCAAGCAUAUGUGGCCCAACGAUUUAAAGGAAAUAUACAACAGACUGCACAAUUUGAAUACCGAUUUCGGAUUCGAGCGUCAUUCGAAACCGUACAUUUUUCAAGAGGUUAUAUAUUAUGGCAACGAAGCCAUCCAACCGAAUGAGUACACUAGUUUGGGUGACGUCACUGAGUUCAGAGUAGGCUCAGAACUAAAGAACUGCUUCCGGGGUCAAAACCCGCUGAAAUGGCUAGUAUCCUGGGGUCCACAGUGGGGCUUGUCACCCAGUGACACGGGAUUGGUGUUUAUAGACAAUCACGACACGCAACGGAGCAAUGAUGUGCUAACAUACAAGGAAUCGAGGGCUUAUAAGGCAGCAAUAGCGUUUAUGCUGGCACAUCCUUACGGUGAACCUCGUGUGAUGAGCAGCUACUUCUUUGACACCAGCGACCAGGGGCCUCCUGACGAUGCCAAUGAGAAUAUUGUUUCUCCCAGCAUCAAUAGCGAUGAUACUUGCGGCAACGGCUGGGUGUGCGAGCACCGCUGGAGACAGAUCUACCAGAUGGUAGCCUUCAGGAACGCCGUAAAAGACACACAGAUCCAGAACUGGUGGGACAACGGGAACAACCAGAUCGCUUUUAGCAGGGGGAACAGAGGAUUCAUCGCUUUUAAUGUGGAAGGAAGGGAUUUGAAUCAGACUUUACAAACUGGUCUGCCUGCUGGUGAAUACUGUGACGUCAUCACAGGAAAGAGACAGGGCAGCGAAUGUUCCGGUAAGAAGGUGACAGUGGACAAUAAUGGAAACGCCCAAAUAUAUGUAGCGGCGAAUGGCGAGGAUAUGCACUUGUCCAUACAUGUUGGGAAAGAGUCUCAGUUGCUGUCGCUGUGA